AUGUCCUCAAUAAAAGAUGGUACCCCAAGGCCCUUAUUCGCACCACGGAUCUCUAGUAUUGUAGCUCUGGGCCAACAAUCACUCUUCAGAUUGUUCCAGAUUGCUAGCUGUCCAUUGGCGAUUAGUGCAGUACUACAGCGCCUUCAUAUCUACCGAAACGGAAAACUUGAGCGUGUAGUAAAUUGCAACUGGGGGUUCGAUCGAAGGGUCACCAGUGUAAUCACAGUGCAGCGGGCUGAGAAGGGUGAACAAGAAAGAUCAGAAGCUCGUCUCAAAGAAGUAGAACGAGAAGCGCUGAGAAUGUCGGACGCAGAGCGAGAUGAGCAGAUCAAAAUUCUUGAAGAAAAGUUGCGUGUAUUCUCAACCGUCAGAGCUGAUCUCGGUAUAAUCUUCUAA